AUGUGGUUUUCCAUGGUGGAGCGAAGUUUUGAUGCAUCGGGAGUAUCAACAGAGAAUACUAAAUUCGGAUAUAUAUUGGGAGCUGUGAAUCCGCAGUAUGCUGCUGAAGUGCGUGACAUUAUCUUGGACCCACCGCUUGCUGAGCCGUAUCAGAAGCUAAAAACGGAGUUGAUUCGGCGGCUGAGCUCAUCUCAAGAACAAAAGACUAGACGCCUUUUGGAGCACGAAGAAAUAGGAGAUAGAAAACCAUCGCAGUUCCUACGUCGCAGUGUGCUGCGAACCCUGUGGUUGGGGCGAUUGCCUUCUCAUAUGCAAGUAAUAGUGGCUACCCAAAAAUAUACCGACCUUGACAAGGUAGCUGACCUGGCGGAUGCAAUUGCCGAUGCGACGGGCCCUCGAGGGCAGGUAGCCGAGGCAGCGUAUCCUCGCGGCCAGGCAUUGGAGACACCGUAUUCUCGUAGCCAGGUAGCCGAAUCGUCAAGUGCUCGGGGAUCAUUUACAGAUACAACACCGGCGAUGGGUCAUGAUUACGAAGCUUUGUUGAAUCUCAAGCUGGCCCAGCUUACUUUGUCAUUCCAACAGGAAAUAGCGGCCCUUCGACAGGA